AUGUUUUCUGAUGAAACAGAGAAGUGUUUUGUAGUAGGACCAUGGGGUGGUACCGGUGGGAUAAAUUGGGAUGAUGGAAGAGGAGUGAGAUCAAUCACACUUUCAUAUGGCAUUUCUAUAGAUGCAAUCAGUGUUGUCUAUGAUGAUCACGGUCUUCCUUUCAAAUCAGAAAAACAUGGAGGUAGUGGAGGCAAAAGAACUGCUGAGAUCAUGCUGCAACACCAAAUUGAGUUCUUGAUCAGUGUAAGUGGGCAUUAUGGUCCAAUAGAUGGAUACAAAAAGGGUUCAUACAUUCGGUCACUAACAUUUCAGAGCAACCGUAGAACUUUUGGACCAUAUGGAGUUGAACCAGGCACUCCAUUCACCUUAUCAACACAUGGACGCAGAAUUCUGGGCUUCAAGGGACGAAGUGAACCGUAUGAUUAA